AUGGCUGCAGAUGAAACUAUCGACUAUGCCAAAUCUUUCUCCUACGAGAAAGUGUUUGCACAAGCAAAAUGGUUUCACGAAGAUUUGCAGAAGGGGGAUUGGCGAGAAAUACAAAAGGUGGAGAAUAAGUCAACAUUUUGGAUCAAAACAUUCCCUAAUGAAGAGAUACCGACUAAAGUCUUGGUGAAAUAUCAAUUAUCGUUGUCAGCUCAACAGUUUAUUGAAAUUUCGAAUCCGAAAAACCUGCAGCUUCGUCGUAAAUGGGAUAAAGCAUUCAUUGACAACGAAGUAUUGGAAGAAUACCCGAAUAAUGGCGGCUAUUUGAUUUCUAACAGAAUAGAAAUGCCAUGGCCUCUUAAUGAUCGAGAGUUUCUCCUCUAUACAACAGCAGCUAUAGAAGUAGAGUGGUACGGUAAGCAAGCGUAUAUUAUCCCGUACAUCAACGCCUCACACAAAUCCAAACCUGCAACUGAAGGUCCGUAUGUCAGAGGGACAAAUGGUGGUCAGUUUUCAGUUAUAACGGCAGAUGAGAAUGAUGGUGACCAUGCUUGUACAGUAUUUGCUUUGUCACACAAUUUAUACAACGGUUAUGUUCCUGCAAGACAUGUGGAAUGGAUGUUUGCUCGUGCUGUGCCCAAAGCUUUUACCAAGUUCUUUGAUAGUUUGAUCGAAGGACACAAAAUGUAUUUUGAAGAUAAACAAUAA